AAAUCAUAACGUCACACGGCUACUCGUCCGCCACACGUUCUUUGUAAUGAACGCCGUUAUAGUAACUCGUGUAUACGAUGAAAAGUGUGACGUUUCACGUGGUGUUACACUCAUGUGAGAGCGAACUCUAGUGGACGAGAGGCGGACGUUCGCCUUGUUCUUAAACCGCCCCAUUCAUCGCGAUAGUCUCAUAAACCACCAGCGAUGGAUUCCAUCCACACCUACGGCAUAUGGAUGGCCGAAAGCCUCCAGCACAGGACGAAGGGCUUGGAGAAACUUUGGCUGCUCAUUACCCACGCCGGCGGCCCUAAGCCGGCCUUCCUGUUCGUCUUCCCCUGCGCAUACUUUUUCUGCCGGCGGACGGGCAUCGCGGUGUUGUGGGUGGCCGCGGUGACAGAAUGGCUCAACCUGAUGCUCAAAUGUGUGCUUUUUGGUGAAAGGCCAUUCUGGUGGAUUGGCGAAUCCCAAAUGUUUUCCAACAAGUUGCCCAAGGUUCAGCAGUACUCCUCCACAUGUGAAAAUGGCCCUGGCAGUCCAUCGGGACACGCCAUGGUCACUGCGGCGGUCUGGUGGGUGGUGGCGUCCUCCCUGCGCUCGUUCUUGUACCGCCGUAAUUACAGCAUACCAGUGACCUACAUACCUUACGUACUCUACGGGUUAUUGCUGGUGGUCGUUGGCAUCUCCAGAGUGUUUGUCUUAGCCCACUUUCCACAUCAGGUGGUAACCGGUUCCAUUGCAGGUCUCGUUGUAGGAAUGUACCUGAACCACAGGGUGCCAGAAAGGCGCCCAUUCCGCUUCUUCGUCAGCGUCGCUGUGGCCUUGCUGCUCGGAACGCUGAUAUUGAACGCCGGACUGCAGUGGAUUGGCGUCGACCCCACCUGGUCUUUGACAUUGGCAAAGAAGUGGUGCAGCCACUCCGAGUGGGUUCGGCCCGACGUGGCACCGUUCACCUCACUGGCCCGGGACUGCGGGGUCCUGCUGGGUCUUGGCAUGGCCCAGUACUGGAAGCCCGGUGGCUGGCCGAUACUGCCCAUGAAGCCGCAGGUCAUGUCCAUGGCGCUGUCGUCCAUGGCUCUGUACUUGGUGUACAGCGCGCCGUUGCCGCUGAGGCCACCGAUGCUCUACUACACGCUGUUUUUUGUCAAGUUUGCCAUGGUGCCGCAGAUCGUGAUGCUGGUGCCUGGACUGGUCCAUUUCGAGAUGCGAAAGAUGAAAAGGACCUAGACGCUUGUUACUUUUUUCUUCUCGACAAGAAUGUCUUUGCUAUCUUUUGCUUUCAAUUAUAUUACUGGUACAUGAACUAUAAUGCGAGAAUGCCACUUAAAUUGUUGUGGUGUACCAUAAUAAAGGAUUUGCAAUCAUCUAAA